UUCUAUUUAGUGAGGGUUGGGGAAUGCUGUGAUUUAUUGAUGAGUGGGGUGCAUUGUACAGCCAUCGUAAAGAAUUCUGCUGAUCCGGACAGUUCGGAAAAGUAAAGUAAAAUAUAUAAAUAAAUACAUUCUUAUUGUGUAUGUGCGUUCGUGCGUGUAUGUACGUACGAUAACACCUCGCAAACGCCGCAACGCUCUUGUCAUCUUGAAUUAUUAUGUCACGAAUCCAAACUUCCGGGGAGGCGGUUGUUUGGCAGGAAAGGUAAAACCCCGCCGCUGCUAAAGUUGCCCAAACUCUGGAAGAACAAGCUUUACCGAGAGGGAAGAAAGUGAAAGGGGACUCCUGCCGCCUCCCUCUCUCAGUCUCUGCCGCUGAAGCUUCCCCGCUGAAGCCCAGCGCGCCAGCCAGAGCGGACCCGCACUUGCUCGGCUCGAAACCACGCCCCCCCCGCCUCCCCGUCGGCGCCUGGAGUCCUUGGCCGCGAAGUGGAUCGAGAACCGCCAGAUUCCGAAGACGGAGGCGAUCCAGGUCUCGUCAUGUUCCGCCAAACGCUGUUGGGUCGGCUGCCUCCCCGAAUGUUGCCCCUCGUUGCCGCAGCCCUCCUCGAAGGGAAGGAAAGGAAAGAAACUGGCCUCUAUCACUGGCGGCGUGAAAAGCACCCUUAUUACAAUCUCACUGUAAAAGUCCUCAGAGCCAGGAACAUUAAAGGAACAGAUUUAUUGUCCAAAGCUGACUGCUAUGUGGAAUUGCGUCUGCCAACUGCAUCACCUGUUAUUUAUCGAACUCGAGUUAUUGACAACUCCAGUGAUCCAGAAUGGAAUGAAACUUUUCAGUACAGGAUACACGACGCAAUCAAAAACACUAUUGAACUGACUCUGUUUGAUGAAGAUGUUCUUAUAAGUGAUGAGCUUACUUCCGUCGUGUUUGAUGUUACAGGGAUUCAGGCUGGCCAUUCACUGAAAAACACUUUCAAGCUAAAAGAGGAUAAGGAAGAAUUGGAUGUAGAAUUUUUUAUAGAGAAAAGUUCUGAUCCUCCUGGUGAAAUUAUCACAAAUGGGGUCCUGGUGGCUUAUCCUUGCCUUUACUUGCAAGGGAGAAUUACCAAUGAUCAGAAUACAAAGAUGAGAGAACAAGAAAGCAGUCAGUUCAGGCUUUCACUUCCUGGAUCUUAUGAGAAACAGUUAAGUGAGCCAUGCAAGCCAAACUCCGAUAUGGCCUGUGGGAUCCCACUUGUCUUUCACAUAGGCAAACAGAUGUGCUCAGAAUUGAGUGUGGAGCUGGAAAGAACUAUUACAGUCUUUCAGGAUGGAGUGAGUCCUGAAUUGGAAGAACAUAGUACUGUUCUUGGAUCAGGGACUAUUCCAUUGAAUUUUCUACCUCUGGGAAAGGAAGUUGAUAUAACUGUACCACUUGGAAAGGGACUAAGUGUGGAUCUAAAAGUGAAAGCUGAAGAAAUCACCAAGGAUCUUGAUGUACGUCUUGGUUUUGAUCUUUGUAAAGAAGAGCGAGAAUUUUUGGAAAAAAGAAAGAAAAUCGUAUCUAAAGGAUUAAACAGCAUACUCAAAUUGAGAGAGGACCUCAGUAACAAUGAGGUACCUGUUGUAGCAGUCCUUGGAUCUGGGGGAGGCAUAAGAGCACUGUCAUCAUUUUAUGGAAGUUUGCUUGGUCUCCAGCAGCUAAAUCUUCUGGAUUCUAUUACAUAUCUUUCUGGAAUUUCUGGUUCUACAUGGUGUUUAUCAGUAUUGUAUCAAGACCACGAAUGGUCACAGAAGGAUCUCAGGCAUCCAAUUAGCAAUGCCCAGGAUAAAAUAUCCAGCAGUAAAGUAGCAGCUUUUUCCUCAGAGCAUAUGAAGUACUAUUUCCAAGAAUUGAAUGCUAUGGAAAAUGCUGGGCGGAAAGUAUCUUUCACUGAUCUGUGGGGCCUUAUUGUUGAGUACUUCCUGCAACAGAAGGAAGACCAGUCAAAACUGUCUGAUCAGCAGGAAGCUGUGAAAUAUGGGCAGAAUCCCUACCCAAUCUAUGCAGCUGUAAAUGUGAGGCCCAAUAUUCGUGGUGAUGACUUUGCAGAGUGGUGUGAGUUCACACCAUAUGAGGUUGGAUUCCGCAAAUAUGGUGCUUUUAUUCGAACAGAAGAUUUUGAUAGUGAGUUUUUCAUGGGACGACUGAUUAAGAAGCAUCCUGAGCCCAGGAUCUGCUAUUUGCAGGGGAUGUGGGGAAGUGCCUUUGCUGCUAGUUUGGAUGAUGUCUGUCUGAAGGUUGUUGGCUCAGGAUUCAGCUUUCUGGAAACAUUGGGAGAUGUAGUCAAAGUAAUUGAUGACAGUCGACGAUUCCAUUUCCGGGAUCCUAUGAGGUUGAAGACACGUCUGGUUAUACCAGGUGGACCCUUAUUACAGAUUUUCCAGGACUUCUUCAAGUCUCGUGUAACUGCUGGUGAAACAUUUAAUUUCAUGCAAGGCUUAUACCUCCACAGAGAUUAUAUCAGUCUCAAAAAGUUUGUCAUCUCAAAAGAAACACACUUAGAUGCUUUUCCUAACAUGUUGACUCCGAUGGAAGAGAAUCUUUACUUGGUAGAUGGUGGUUUUUCUAUCAAUUCUCCCUUUCCAUUGCUAAUUCAGCCAGAAAGAGAUGUUGACGUGAUUUUGUCAUUUAAUUAUUCUUGGGAAGCACCAUUUGAGAUCUUGGAGUUAACUGAAAAAUACUGUAGAGAACGGGACAUCCCUUUUCCACAAAUAAUUUUUAAUAAAGAAGAUGAAGAAAGUCCUAAGGAAUGUUACCUGUUUAUGGAUGCUGAGAAUCCAAAAGCUCCCAUAGUCCUUCACUUCCCUCUGGUUAAUGAUACAUUCCGUAAAUACAAAAUGCCAGGAAUAGAACGUGAAUCAGACGAGGAAAAGACUUUUGCUGAUUUUCAAAUUGAAGGAAAAGAUUCACCAUACAGGACAUUCAACUUUACCUACACAUCUGAUGAAUUUGAGAGACUAGUACAAUUGAAUUGCUAUAAUGUCCUUAACAACAUGGAUGCUAUUUUGAAAGCAUUAAGACUGGGUUUAAGCAAACGAAAACAAAAAGCAGGACCUAAGUGCAUCUUUGAAAACUUACUGUGAAUGAAUUUCAGUUCUUUAUGGAAGAUUUAAGAAGGCCUAAAUCCAUUGGAGUAAAGGGUGCUUUUAUAUAUUGAAGAAAAUCCAGAGACAUAUGUCAGCUGCAGUUAAUUAUUGGGUAGAUGUACAGUGAAUUUUUCAGCCAUAGUUUAUUUAAAAGUCUACUAGAAGUUCAUUUAAGAUAUUUCUUUACUCAUGUGAUCUAUGGAGUCUUGUUUUCUAAUGAAUUGGGUGUUAAACUCUAAUGAAAAAGUUUCUGGUUUCCUGAGCUUCCCAUGAUCAAAAGAGUCUCAACAUCUAGAAAGAGUGCAGAGAAGAGCAACAAAGAUGAUUAGGGGACUGGAGGAUAAAACAUAUGAAGAACGGUUGCAGGAACUGGGUAUGUCUAGUUUAACAAAAAGAAGGACUAGGGGAGACAUGAUAGCUGUGUUCCAAUAUCUUAGGGGCUGCCACAAAGAAGAGGGAGUCGGGCUGUUCUCCAAAGCACCUGAGGGUAGAACAAGAAGCAAUGGGUGGAAACUGGUCAAAGAAAGAAGCAACUUAGAACUAAGGAGAAAUUUCCUGACAGUUAGAACAAUUAAUAAGUGGAACGACUUGCCUUCAGAAGUUGUGAAUGCUCCAACACUGGAAAUUUUUAAGAAAAUGUUGGAUAACCAUCUGACUGAGAUGGUGUAGGGUUUCCUGCCUGGGCAGGGGGUUGGACUAGAAGGCCUCCAAGGUCCCUUCCAACUCUGAUGUUAUGUUAUGUUAUGUUAAAAUGUGAAGAAAACUAGGUGCUGAAUUAAAUUUAUUUUUUAUUUUAUAACUGAAAAAGGUUCUUCCAAAAGUUACCUUUCCCCCCCUCCCAAGAUAGCAGAGGCAGACUUUUAGCUGAACUCUGCAACUUACGUUUUUUAAUUAAGAAAAGAGUAGAAAUUUAUUUUGUUUUAAUUAUCUCAGAAGUUAUAUUUUGGUAUAAAGCUAUAUUUUAUAAAAAACAUUAGCUUUCAGUGCCCACUCUUACAUAGGUAGCUAUCUCCUGAGAGAAUGAUGUGACAUGGGUGGUGAGGUGGGGGGAAAGAAGAAAAGUUUGCAGUCUAGCUUUGGACAAACCAACCUAAGGAAAGCCUUGAAACAGUUAUAAAUUGAUUUGGUUCCAGAACAGGACUGUGUGCCAUUAAAAAUAAAGAGAAAAUGGACUGGCAAGACCCUACUUGAAAAACAGAAAGGCUGUGCUGAAGAUUGCAUGCAUUUCUGUUAUUUUUCCUGUAGGGGAACAGUAAUUCUUUAGUAGGAAGAAGAAGAAAAAUGUUAUUUGAAUUAAAUGUUUUACUCUUUACUGUGCAUUUUGUUUAAGGCAGUUUUAAUGGUUAGCAAAUCCUAUGAAACUAUGAAUAGUCAAAUUAUGGUUGUGAUUUGUGGUGAUGCUAUUUAUGUCAGCUUAAGGAGUACAAUUAGUAUUCUUUGAAGAUGGAAAUGUUUCAAACAUUCAUCCUGUCAAGUGUAAUUUUGCAGGUGGUUAUUUUAACCAAUUUUUGAUUCUUAAAAACCAUUGGGAAAGAAAUCUUGACACUUUUCUUGAAAUUACAGGAAUUGACGAUUUUGCUUUUCAUAAGAAGCCUUAUUUCAUGUUUUCCACAAAGAUUUGUUCCUUUUGUUACUGAAACAGUACUUUUUCUACCUAAUAAAAUUAUUUUUUUAUAUGCCAAAUUGUAAUUGUGAACUUUUGGUGAAUUUGAAUUUUCAUUCAGUUGAUUUAUGUCAGAGUUGUACAGUCUGAAACCUUAAUCCUGCAAGCGGC